AUGGCUGGUCCUGGCGGUGGUCCCCCUCGCAAGAGUCACACCAAGUCGCGAUUCGGUUGCAAGACCUGCAAGCGACGCCACAUUCGAUGUGACGAGAGCUUCCCUCAAUGUCGAAAUUGCACCAAACAUAACUGUCGUUGCGACUAUAUGGACGUCGCGACGGUCCAAGACGAGUCGACCGCGAUUCGCAACGUCCCAGACCUGUUGAUGUCGGCCGAGAUCGAAAUGGAGAUCAAGAACUGGCAUCUUACGGGUCUCCCUCCGUUCCCGGAACUCAUGCACUUCCCACGGACCUGUUGGAAUCAACUGUCCCGAACGGAUCUUCGUCUCAUUCAUCAUAUCAUCGGCUUGUCUAUCGAUCUUCACCGACGCGGCUUGAGCCACUGUACCAUUUGGGCGCAGAAGAUGCCUACAUUCCUCUCUGUUGCUAUCUCCCAUGACUUCGUCAUGAGCUCGAUCCUCACCCUGUCUGCUGCACAUCUCGCGUGGAUCACACGGAAUCAGGAAACCGGACAGUUGGCUUUCCAUCACCGGGGUGUGGCGAUCCGGGGACUACAGAAAGCGAUCGGUGCGUUCUGUAAGGGGAACUGUGAUGCAAUCCUGGCUGCGUCUAUCCUGCUUUCAUGGCAGGACUGUGAAUGGCCAAGUUGGGCAUCUUUGCAACAGGGAUUGACCUCAGUCCUUGAUUCAAUGCCCCAGAUGUGGAAGCAGGAGUCAGAGCUCGCCUUUUUUGUGCAUAACCAACGGUAUAUGGGCAGCGCCACCUCCCCUCUUCUAUCUGGCUACCGGUUCCAGGACGAGGACCUAGUCAGCCUCGAGAGCACGAUCAUGACGCUUCAAACCAUUCAGAAACGCGUUGCACACAACCACGAGCACUACCGGCGAAUCGGAGAACUGCUCGACUUUGUUCGACAUUUCCAGCGAGAUCUUCUAUCGUUAACCCCCGAGCAAGUCUUUGAACGCGUGCAGCCUCUACGACAGUGGCUGUUCUGGCUUCCACCCGCCAUGCUCCGCGGAGGUGAAGGCGAUACGGGUGCGCUCGCUAUUCUCGCUCAGUUCUUUGGCGUUGGAGUCGCCCUGGAUAGUCUCUUCCCGGAUUUGGGAGGCUUCUACCUGGGCCCGAUGUCAGUCGGACCGAUCGAAGAGAUCUACCGCACCAUCUACUCUAGAAGCGCGACGGCGCCUUACAACCCCGACGUCCAACUCGCCAUGUCCCUCAUGGAACUCCCCCGCCAUCUCGCAGCCAGGUAUCGAGCCCGGUUGCAAUGGUCUCCGCGCCCCUCGGUCGAAUACUGCUCCCCUCCACCGACCAGUCCCUACCACGUCCAGGAUUACUGCCUAGCAUCGUCGUCUUCUCCCUCCUCCACGACUGCCACCUAUACACCUUACACUCCACGUCUCCAGUCGCCCCCAGCGGUGACGAUUGCGAGCUCACCCUACGAUAUUCCCGGCGCAUUCGUAACCGCUCCAGGUACCACCCAGAGCCUGUACCCUUCCCCGCGACUUCUCUCGGAUCCCCGAGAGGAUCUCUCCGACUGCAGCCACCCCAGUUCGCUGCAACAUUCUCCCGCUUACCCAUCGCCAUAUCUGGAAGAUAUCAUGUGCGGACCCGUUGCUCGGGUUGAUGAGGGACUAGGGUUACAUUCCAUGGAUCUCUUUGAAGAGGGCCCUCAUUCUGUUGCUGGCGGGUACAGUGCGCCUGAGUCUUGUUGGACAGGAAGCAUUUGCACUUGA